CAACUCCCCCUCCCAUCUCCGCAAGUCAGCAGUCAUGGGUCGUGUCAUUCGCGCACAGCGCAAGUCGGGCGGCAUCUUCCGCUCGCACACCAAGCACAACAAGGCCCCGGCCAAGCUGCGCGCCCUCGACUACGCCGAGCGCCACGGCUACAUCCGCGGCAUUGUCAAGGAGAUCAUCCACGACGCCGGCCGUGGUGCCCCGCUGGCCCGCGUUGCGUUCCGCGACCCCUACCGCUACAAGACGCGCACCGAGACGUUCAUUGCCACGGAGGGCAUGUCGACGGGCCAGUUCGUCUACUGCGGCAAGCGCGCCGUGAUCAACGUCGGCAACGUGCUGCCGCUCUCGGCCCUGCCCGAGGGUACGAUUGUGUGCAACGUCGAGGAGAAGUCGGGUGACCGCGGCACCCUUGCGCGCACCAGCGGCAACUACGCCACCGUCAUUGGCCACGACAACGACGGCACGAGCCGCCUGCGUCUGCCCUCGGGCGCCAAGAAGAGCGUGUCGUCCGAGGCUCGCGCCACUGUCGGCAUCGUUGCCGGUGGCGGCCGUAUCGACAAGCCGCUGCUCAAGGCCGGUCGCGCUCACCACAAGUUCAAGGUGAAGCGCAACAGCUGGCCGCGUACGCGUGGUGUGGCCAUGAACCCCGUGGACCACCCCCACGGUGGUGGUAACCACCAGCACAUCGGUCACGCCUCGACAGUCGCGCGCUCCAGCGUGCCCGGUCAGAAGGCUGGUCUCAUUGCUGCCCGCCGCACCGGUCUCAUCCGCGGUACCGUUGCCGUCAAGGACGCAUAAGCGUCUCCUUGGCAGCAGCGCUGUGUCGCAGGCAGGAGGGAAGACAGUCCCGCUGCCUCUUGGGGUCAGGCCGUCUCUACGCAUCUCCACUCUGUUUGCGCCGCCGUGUGCUUCUUGUCAUCCAAAAGCUUGUACAUCCAUCGCCGUCUGUGUGUGGAUCGCAGGCACCGACGACGGCGCUACAGAACGGAGGCGCGGAGGCGACCUAUCACCGAGAGCACCGAGGCACAAGGCAGCAUCGACUGCUUCGCAGCAGUGCCCCGCGUUGCUGUCUCUCCCUCCUGCUCUUCCCCUCUCUUGUCCAUCUGGCGAAGCGCUCGUCGCAUUGCCACUCCCGCCCACCCAUCUACACUCGCGCCCUCGUGCGCAACCACACUGUCCCAUCUUCACCCACGACUUCCCAGCUGUACCACAUGCAUCUUUCUCGACCC